UCCGAUGGAUGUGGAAGAUGGCAGGAUCACCGGUGAAAAUGAUCAGAAACCAUCAGAACCUGGCGGCUACCACCUCCUUCACCACCAGAACCACCACAAUUUCUCUACUAAAAGCAUCAUCAAGAUAGCCCUUUUAACCAUUGCGGCCCUUGUAGCGUGCCUCGUCCUUUAUCAUUCCCCUUAUCACGUACAGUAUCUCUUGCCCGCUUCCUAUAAUCCAUUUCCCAGUAGCAGUGCAUCUCAGGAAUCUACAAAAGCAAACCAAUCUUCGUUGCCUUCUUCUGAUCAAGGAAAAUCUUCCGAUGCCGGAAAUUUGUCACCUCCACCGACUGACAUCUUGCAAGGAAAUGUAUCUGCAACUGCUAACAAUGACUUGACUAGUCAGGCAAAUUUAUCUCCUCCGAUGACGACAAACAAUACUGUUCAAGAAAACCUACCUUCGCCGGAUAAAGUAGAAAAUGAAGCAACCAAGUUGGAGAUAGUACUGAGAAAAGCAGCCAUGGAGGACAAAACCGUUAUCCUAACAACACUAAAUGCAGCUUGGACAGCACCAAAUUCAAUAUUUGAUCUCUUUCUUGAGAGCUUCAAUAUUGGAAAUGGAACACAAUGGCUGUUGAAUCACGUAGUAGUUCUGGCUUUGGACCAGAAGGCGUACUCUCACUGCACGGAAGUACACCCUCAUUGUCAUUCAGUUACCACUGAAGGCGUGGAUUUUUCUGGUGAGGCACAUUUUAUGAGCCAAGAUUAUUUGAAGAUGAUGUGGAGAAGGAUUGAUUUUCUGCACACUGUUCUUAAGAUGGAAUACAACUUCAUUUUCACGGAUGCCGAUGUCAUGUGGUUUCGAGAUCCAUUCUCACAUUUGUAUUCAGAUGCAGAUUUUCAAAUUGCAUGCGAUCAUUAUUGGUACACCUCUACUGACCUGAACAACUCUCCAAAUGGAGGAUUUAACUAUGUGAAAUCGAAUAACCGAACAAUCCAAUUUUACAAGUUUUGGUACACAUCAAAAGACAGAUUUCCUGGUCAACAUGAUCAAGAUGUGCUUAAUGGGAUCAAGUUUGACCCCUUCAUCAAUGAGAUUGGGCUCAAGAUUAGGUUCUUGGACACAGCUUUCUACGGUGGAUUUUGUGAGCCUAGUAAAGAUCUUAAUCUUGUUUGCACUAUGCAUGCGAAUUGUUGUAUUGGUCUAGACAAUAAAAUUCAUGAUCUUAGGAUGUUAAUUGAGGAUUGGAAAAAAUACAUGGCAUUGCCAAAUGAAGAAAAGACUAUGACACCACAAACUUGGACAGUUCCAAGAAUUUGUGGAUGAAUUUUAGUUGUUCUUGCACUCAUAUUCUGUACUUCGU